AUGGCCGCAGUAAUCAAAAGAAUUUUUCGCCGCAAAAAUAAAGCUCCCUUAGCAUGCAGUAUACUGAUGCUAGACGAUGCCGACCAUGUUCAUACAAAUGCCUGUUUCCUUGAUGUUCAACCCUUGGCUGUUGUCGAACUUUUUCAGUCUCAAGGCUGCAAGAGCUGCGUGGUGAACGUGCCAAAAAUACACGAAGCAGUUCAAAACCCCAAUGUCAUCUUGCUUACCUACAAUGUGACUCACUUUGACCGAGCGGAAUGGCAAGAUACAUUUGCCUCCAAACAGUGGGAUUCACGCCAGCGAGCCUAUGUGACCAAAUGGGGUCGGAACUCGAUUUUCACUCCGCAGGUUAUUGUGGACGGGACCACAGACGGCACUGGAGAAACAGUCGACCAAGUCAUGGAUUUGGUGCAACGGGCACGCCAAAUGCGGUCUCAACAGAAUUGGAACAUUCUCCUCGAUUCAAACGACACCGAACUGCGAAUCGAUACUGAUUUGUUCGAAACCAAGCCUCACGACAUCAUCCUCUGCUAUUAUGAGCCAAAGCCGCAGGUAGUCAAGAUUGGUAAAGGCGUCAACAAAGGCAAGAAGCUCACACACCAGAACGUGGUAAGGAUGGUCUCGAAGAUUGGGGAGUGGAGAGGUGGCAACCUUACAAUUACCUUGCCUUCACUCGUAGAGGCGAGGGACAGAGGCUAUUCGAUCCUGGGAAUUGUCCAAGAACCCUCCGGAGGACGAAUUUUGGCAGCUCAUAGCUUGUAA